AUGACUAAGAGAAAAUCGCGUAAGAGAAAGCAGAUUCAGCAUGGUGGCACACUUGAGUAUGGCCCAGCAGCAUCGCGGGAGCUCAGUCAACUGUUCAGCGCUGUGGGAACUGCAGCAAAACUAGACACAACGCACGAACGUGCUAGGAGGGUGCAGAAACAUCUUCUAAAUCUAAUGUAA